AUGAAGAUCGCAAUCACCGGUGCUCGCGGCACUGUCGGACGGGCUGUGGUGAAGGCUGCAUCGGAAGCUGGUCAUGCAACGGUCCAGGUCGACCGUACCGACACCGAAUACGAUGGCACACCGAAUUCAGAGAUGAAAACCGCGGACACCGCGAAUGACUACAAGGCCACGCUCGAGGCCUUCAUGGGCUGCGAUGCCGUUAUCCAUCUAGCAGCCAUUCCGAACCCCCUAGGCAAAGGCGAUGAUCUGGUGCACAAUAACAAUGUGAACUCGGCAUUCAACGGCUUCCGAGCUGCCGCCGAACUCGGCAUUAAGAAGUUCUGCUAUGCUUCGUCGGUGAAUGCGAUCGGCCUCGAAUACGCCACGCGACCGCUGAAGUUCGACUACUUCCCCAUCGAUGAAGAAGCGCCGGAGCGGCCGACAGAUGCGUAUGCCCUGGCGAAGGAUGAAGCGGAGAUGCAGGGGAAGGCCUUCGCGCGGUGGUACCCCGGAAUGAACAUCGCGUGUAUGCGCAUCCACGCGGUCGCAUCACGCUCAGAGGCGCAGAAAGGACACGCAGAGAACUGGGAUAGCUCCGCAGUGAAGAGUUUGUGGGGAUGGGUUAGUGCUCAGGCGACAGCGAGGGCAUGUUUGUUGGCGGUAGAAAAGAGCGAGAAGUUGAACGGAUGUGAGGUCUUCAAUAUUGUCGCACCGACAACGACUCAGGAUACGCCCUCCCAAGACCUUGCGAAGAAGUAUUAUCCCGAUGCAGAGAUCCGUGGCAACCUGUCGGGUAAUCAGUCGUUCUUCACAACAGAGAAGGCAGAGAGAAUCCUGGGAUGGGUUCAUGAGGAGAAAGAGUAA